AAGGGGAGGCCGAACUGCGAGAGCCAGAACGAGACGGAGGAGGCGCCGCAGCGCAGCCAGCCCACGCCACCACCUCCUCCACCUCAUUCUCUCGCUCGCUCGCCCACCACCUCCACCACCACAAAGUUCGCGUUGCGCCGCGCGACGCCCCGCCACGCCGCGCAGCCCCGUCCCUCCCCCUCCUCUUGGAGAGAGAGAGAUCCUCCUCCCACGCAGCAACCGCCCGCCCGCCCGCCUCCGCGCGGGCACACCGCCACCGCCACCGCCGCCGCGCCCCCCCACCUCACCCCACCCGGGGCGCCGAUCUCGUGUCCAGCGCGUCGCGGAGGUGGGGGGAUGGGGGCGUGCGUGUCGCGGCCCAGCGCGUGCGUGGGGAAGCCCCACACGCCGCGGUCGGGCGACGCCGCCGGCCGGUCGGGCGGCGGGGGCGGGGCGCGGCGCAGGCGCAGCCGCCGCGCGGGGAAGGGACGGAGGAAGGCGCCGUCGCGCGCCGCGUCGAUGGAGACCAUCCAGGAGGCCGAGGUGCCCGGCUCGCCGUCCGGGCUCGACGCCGCCGCCGAUCACCGGACGUACAGCAACCCCGCGUUCCAAGCAGUGUCCGGGAGCAUUGAGGAGGCAUGGUACGACUCCUUGGCGAUGAGCGAGUCGGAUGCCGAGGACGACUUCCACAGCGUGCAGGAUGAUGCCUUUUCAUUGAAUGGCUUUGAGAGUGAAGCCACAUUGAGCUCAAGAGAUGGCAACGGUGGGAGCUUCAAUGGAGCUGCACAAUCAGGCGAGCAUCACCAUAGAAAACCGAAGUCUAGUGAACUGUCGAAGGGAAGCUUGGAGAAUGGUGUGAGGACCUCCGUGAGCCAUGAUGAUGUGGCGAGCGUUUCUGGUGCGGAUAGCACACAAGGUGGAGGAAGGAUACUGGAUGAUUGCGGGCUUCUGCCAAAUAAUUGUCUUCCUUGUAUUGCCUCUGCUGUUGGAGUAAACGAGAAGAAGAGAGCUCUUUCCUCGAGCCCUACUCAUUCAAUGAAGAUGCCUUCUUUGAAGCUCUCGUUCAAGAAGAAGUCUGGGGAAGCUCAUCCGUCUUCCACACUUUUAUCUACGAAGGAUUUCCUUGAAAGGCCUCUAGCAGGUUCUCAAGUACAGUUAUGCUUGUUGGAUUCGAAAAUACUCAACAGCUGGUCCCAUGUUGAUCCUGGCACUUUCCGAGUCCGUGGAGCAAACUAUUUUAGAGAUAAGAAGAAAGAACUUGCUCCAAAUUAUGCUGCAUAUUAUCCAUUCGGAGUUGAUGUGUACUUAUCGUCACAGAAACUCAAUCAUAUAUCACGAUUUGUUCAACUUCCUGAUAUUCAACUCUCCAGCAAACUCCCGCCUCUUCUGGUGGUCAAUGUACAGGUCCCAUUAUAUCCGGCUUCAUUAUUUCAGAAUGAAACUGAUGGGGAAGGGAUGAGCUUUGUUUUGUAUUUUAGGCUUUCUGAUGGUUACUCAAAAGAGCUUCCACCUUCAUUCAUAGAAAGUAUCAGAAGGUUGGUUGAUGAUCAUGUAGAGAAGAUAAAGGCAUUUCCAAUGGAAACAAGUAUACCAUUCCGAGAGCGGCUAAAGAUACUUGGCCGGGUGGCUAAUCUGGAGGAUCUUCCUUUGAGUGCAGCGGAGAGGAAGCUAAUGCAUGCAUACAAUGAGAAACCUGUCCUUUCUAGGCCACAGCAUGAAUUUUACUUGGGUGAUAGCUACUUCGAGAUCGACAUUGACAUGCACAGAUUUAGCUACAUUUCAAGGAAAGGUUUCGAAACAUUUUUGGACAGGCUAAAAGCAUGUGUCCUAGACGUUGGGCUAACUAUUCAGGGAAAUAAAGCUGAAGAGCUGCCCGAGCAGAUCUUGUGCUGUGUCAGGUUGAAUGGGAUAGAUUACACCAAAUACCAUCCGCUUUUGACACAUGGUGCCUGAAAUCAAUGCUUACAAGGACCAGCUAACCAAUGGCUGGAUACUGAGAUGUAUCCAUGCCAGCACGGCAGCACCAGGCUCCUGGAGAUUUCAGUCCAGGAGCCGCAGUCUGACAAGCACCACUGCUGUUGAAACGCCCUCAUCUGAGUCAAGCGAACUGUGAGCGUGUGACAUACAAGUAACAUUAACAGAGGGGCGAGGGAGUGACUCGGUGACCACUAGCUGGCGCCGUCAGAAUCCGUGGUGCUAAUAUAGAGGUUUCUUUCUGAAAAUGCGCAAAAAAAAAACAGAUGGAGACUGCGGUACAUGUAAAUCUGUAAAUCAUUGCUCGAGAGCUCCGGUUGCCUCCCUUGUUGCUACUCGAACAUUCUAGAUUUAGUAAAUAUCACUAAUUUGGCGUAUGAUUGAGUAGAA